AUGUCUCCGCCUGCUCCUGCGCGACGGAGUUCUCAAGAGCGGACUUCCGAUACAGGAGAAGACGCAGACGCGGUUGCUAGGGGUGCCAGCCGUGCACAGCGUUCAAGUUCUCAGUAUCAACGGCCGCACAAACGGUCAAAACAGCGACGAAGCCGCGCCGGUUCGGUCGCCUCUACUUCUGGUCCUGCGCGGCGAAGCUCGAGGCACCAUUCUAAAGUAGAAGAAAACGCGGACGCAGACCACGCGGGUCGUGAAGAUGAAAGCCGCUUGAAGUCGAGUUCACAGCGCCAGACGAUAAUCAAGGAUGAAAUACGAAUACCCAAAUUGAGAAUCACCUCGCGUCGAGUGUCUCCCAUCCCCGAUGAGUCGACUUACGGAGAGCACCGUCCUCUCGAGGCAAGAAUCGAACCAGCACGAGAAAUCGGAGGCGAACCAGCAAGAGCAAGCGGCCUAACCAUGUCCAGCGCGGCUGUACUAGAGCCUGCUCCGCGAGAAUAUGCUCGUCGCGACCGCAAGGCAGGCAGACUGAGAUCACCGCGCGGCCAAGGUGUGGGGGGAUACACACGCGGAGCUAUGAGUCCCGGAAGGGUGCUCGACGAGGAAGAACCAGGAGCGGCUGCAGACGUAGAAGUCGCCUCAGGAAAUAUACGGGAUAGCUCAAAAAUUGUGCCUAGCAUGGAUUCUACGGCGCCUCUGCAAGAAUAUGCUCGUCGCGACCGCAAAGCAGGCAAAUUGAGAUCACCGCGCGGCCAAGGCGUAGGAGGAUACACGCGCGGAGCUAUGAGCCUCGCGGGAAAGGCACUCGAGAUCGAGGAAGAACCAGCAGCUGCAAAAGUGAGACUCGCCUCAGAAAGACGAGGUGGCGAGUUUUCGCGGCUUAGUGGAGGUUUAGGUGAGGAAGAGCCGACUGCGCCUGGAAGUGCCGGUGAGACUCCGCGUGAGGGGAGAAGAGGCACGGCUCAAGUCUACCAAGAACCACGCGGCGCAGCCGCACGAUCACCACGCGGUGACAAGAUAUCAGGCUACACACGUGGAGCCGCGAUCCCGAGGAGAUUAUACGAUGAGACACAGUUUGAGCCCUACUACACACCGAAAGGCUUCGGAACACCACGCGGCGAACCUACGGAGGACUCGGGCUGACGACUCCCUCUUGUUCUUUGACAUCUCUCUAAAUGGAUCUAGUACAAGCAGACGCGGAAGGUGGACAAGUUCAACAACAAGAAGAUCACAGAAUCAAUUAUCCUGGCCUACAACUUGUAAUUGAUAUCUCUCUGGGUCAUCUAGCGAAGGCUAAUCAAUUGGAGAUGAUUACUACUUCAACAAAGAAGAAUGUACAUGUUCUCUCUGAGCUCUUUGAUGUUUUUAUCGAUUAUAUCGAAAUCGAUUAUUUUUCAUAUUCAGUUUGUUGUUUGGGAAAAGUGUGUGGUCCUUUUUUGACUUUCAGGACAACUCUGGUGUAGCUGGCGGACUUUCUGCGUCGAAGCCAACUCCAGAAGAUGAAAAUUAGGAAAUGAUCACAUGUUUGUACUAGUACAUGACACAUUUCUAUUUCAAAUUUGUAUUCUCGUUUUUAUCUUGUAGUUUAAUGUCUAACCUAACGUUAACCUUAACUGUAAAGAAUGUUGAAUUAAUGCUACGCCAUAUUCAUCGACGCUCAUCGAGAACCUAACCGUAAGUGUAUUUCAUUUCUUCAAUCAACAUCUUGUACUUAGAGAAACAAGACACAUCACAGGAAUCACAUUUGUUUUUAUCUCAACUGACCUGAUACUGAUAGAUUAGAUUUAGAUGAGGCUCUCAUGAAGUGAGCCAGAGCAUUAUGGACUGGUGAGGGUUGGUGGAGAAAGAAUCACGCCAACAUUGUAAAGCAACAGAAAAGAAACAAAAGCUGAAGCUUAAUCGCAAUCGACUAAAAAAGGUAAGAGAACUGUAGACCUGACUGUAACUGUAGAAUGAACUGAAUCGGCUAGUAAGAAGAUGCUAAAUACACUGAAAAACACUGAUGAUUCCAAGAAUCGCAACCGACUGUGGAAAUACUUAAACAAAGCUGAGACAGCAAAACUGAAGAUUGAAUUUGAAGACCCCCCAAUUUGCUCAUCUAAAAC